AUGGGAAGAAAUAACACUACUUUGGAUGAUGGCUUUAUUUUGGUGGGCUUCUCAGACUGGCCUCAACUGCAACUUCUCUUGUUUAUCUUCAUUUCCACUUUCUAUUCCUUAACUCUCUUUGGUAACACCAGCAUCAUCAUCCUCUCCCGAGUAGACCUUCGGCUGCGCACACCCAUGUACUUCUUCCUGUCCCACCUCUCCUUCCUGGAUCUCUGCUACACCACCAGCACUGUGCCCCAGCUUCUCAUCAACCUUCAUGGACUGGACAGGACCAUCAGCUAUGGAGGGUGUGUGGCCCAGCUCUUCAUUGUUCUCACGCUGGGUGGAACUGAGUGUGUGCUCCUGGUGGUGAUGGCCUUCGACCGCUAUGCCGCUGUGUGUCGUCCACUUCACUACAUGACCAUUAUGAGCCCCCGGCUCUGCCAGGUGUUGGCUAUUGCUUCCUGGGUAGGAGGGCUUGUAAACUCUCUGAUUCAGACAGGCCUCAUGGCCAUGCCUCUUUGUGGGCAUCGACUGAAUCACUUCUUCUGUGAAAUGCCUGUGCUCUUGAAAUUAGCUUGUGGGGACACAGGAGAAAUAGAAGCCAAGAUGUUUGUGGCUCGAGCCUUAAUCUUGGUGUUUCCUGCAGCUCUGAUUCUAGGCUCCUAUGCAAACAUUGCUAGGGCAGUGCUGAAGGUCCAGUCAAUGGCUGGGCGUAGAAAGGCUUUUGGAACCUGUGGGUCCCACCUCCUGGUAGUUUCUCUCUUUUUUGGCUCAGCCAUCUACACCUACCUCCAGCCCAUCCACAAGUAUUCUGAGAAUGAGGGAAAGUUUGUUGCCCUUUUUUAUACUAUAAUCACCCCUAUGCUCAAUCCUCUGAUUUAUACCUUGAGGAACAAGGAUGUGAAGGAGGCUCUGUGGAAGGUGCUGGGGAUUGGUAGAGACUCAGAGUAG